UGCUCUAGGAUGCUGCGGCAGGUUCUGCACAGGGGCUUGAGGACGUGUUUCUCCCGGCUUGGCCACUUCAUUGCCAGUCACCCGGUGUUCUUCGCCUCGGCACCGGUGCUCAUCUCCAUCCUGCUGGGCGCCAGCUUCAGCCGCUACCAGGUCGAGGAGAGCGUGGAGCACCUGCUGGCGCCCCAACACAGCCUGGCCAAGAUCGAGCGCAACCUCGUCAACAGCCUCUUCCCGGUCAACCGCUCCAAGCACCGGCUCUACUCGGACCUGCAGACCCCGGGGCGCUACGGCCGGGUCAUCGUCACCUCCUUCCAGAAAGCCAACAUGCUGGACCAGCAUCACACCGAUCUGAUCUUAAAGUUGCAUACUGCUGUGACCAAGAUCCAGGUGCCAAGGCCUGGCUUUAAUUACACGUUUGCGCACAUAUGUAUCCUGAAUAAUGAUAAGACUUGCAUCGUGGAUGACAUAGUACACGUCCUGGAAGAACUAAAGAAUGCCCGGGCCACCAAUCGGACCAAUUUUGCUAUCACGUACCCGAUCACUCACUUAAAGGAUGGGAGAGCUGUGUACAAUGGGCACCAGCUUGGGGGUGUCACCGUCCACAGCAAGGAUCGGGUGAAAUCUGCGGAGGCCAUUCAGCUCACCUACUACCUGCAGUCAAUCAACAGUCUCAAUGAUAUGGUAGCUGAGAGGUGGGAGUCCAGUUUCUGUGACACUGUCAGACUGUUCCAGAAAUCCAACAGCAAAGUCAAAAUGUACCCUUACACAUCCGCGUCACUAAGGGAAGAUUUCCAGAAGACGAGCCGUGUGUCAGAACGUUACCUGGUCACCAGCCUGAUCCUGGUGGUCACCAUGGCCAUCCUUUGCUGCUCCAUGCAGGACUGCGUCCGCAGCAAGCCCUGGCUAGGCCUGCUUGGCUUGGUAACCAUAAGCCUGGCCACCCUCACUGCAGCUGGAAUCAUCAAUCUUACUGGUGGGAAAUACAAUUCCACCUUCCUGGGAGUCCCUUUCGUCAUGCUAGGUCAUGGAUUAUAUGGGACUUUUGAAAUGUUAUCCUCCUGGAGGAAAACUAGAGAAGACCAACAUGUUAAAGAGCGAACUGCAGCCGUCUAUGCAGACUCCAUGCUCUCCUUUUCUCUUACCACUGCCAUGUACCUGGUCACCUUCGGCAUAGGGGCCAGCCCUUUCACGAACAUUGAGGCAGCCAGGAUUUUCUGCUGCAAUUCCUGUAUUGCAAUCCUUUUCAACUACCUCUAUGUACUCUCGUUUUAUGGUUCCAGCCUGGUGUUCACUGGCUACAUAGAAAACAAUUACCAGCAUAGUAUCUUCUGUAGGAAAGUUCCAAAGCCUGAGGUACUGCAGGAGAAACCAGCAUGGUACAGGUUUUUCCUGACAGCCAGAUUCAGUGAGGACACGGCUGAAGGGGAGGAAGCAAACACUUACGAGAGUCACUUAUUGGUAUGUUUCCUCAAACGCUAUUACUGUGACUGGAUAACCAACACCUAUGUCAAGCCUUUUGUAGUUCUCUUUUAUCUUAUUUAUAUUUCCUUUGCCUUAAUGGGCUACCUGCAGGUCAGUGAAGGGUCAGACCUUAGUAACAUCGUGGCAACUGCGACACAAACCAUCGAGUACACUACUGCCCAGCAAAAGUACUUUAGCAACUACAGUCCUGUGAUUGGCUUUUACAUUUAUGAGUCCAUAGAGUACUGGAACACUAGUGUUCAAGAAGAUGUUCUAGAAUAUACCAAGGGGUUUGUGCGGAUAUCCUGGUUUGAAAGCUAUUUAAAUUACCUUCGGAAACUCAAUGUAUCCACUGGCUUGACUAAGAAAAAUUUCACAGACAUGUUGAGGAAUUCCUUCUUGAAAGCCCCCCAAUUUUCACAUUUUCAAGAAGAUAUCAUCUUCUCUAAAAAGUAUAAUGAUGAGGUUGAUGUAGUGGCCUCCAGAAUGUUUUUGGUGGCCAAGACUAUGGAAACGAACAGAGAAGAACUUUAUGAUCUCUUGGAGACCCUGAGGAGACUUUCAGUCACCUCCAAGGUGAAGUUCAUUGUCUUUAAUCCGUCCUUUGUGUUCAUGGAUCGAUAUGCCUCCUCUCUGGGAGCUCCCCUGCACAACUCCUGCAUCAGUGCUUUGUUCCUGCUCUUCUUCUCGGCAUUCCUGGUGGCAGACUCUCUAAUUAAUGUCUGGAUCACGAUAACAGUUGUGUCCGUGGAGUUCGGAGUGAUAGGUUUCAUGACAUUAUGGAAAGUACAACUGGACUGCAUUUCUGUGCUAUGCUUGAUUUAUGGAAUUAACUAUACAAUUGACAAUUGUGCUCCACUGUUAUCCACAUUUGUUUUGGGCAAGGAUUUCACAAGAACUAAGUGGGUAAAAAAUGCCCUGGAAGUGCAUGGGGUGGCUAUUUUACAGAGUUACCUCUGCUACAUUGUUGGUCUGAUUCCUCUCGCAGCUGUGCCUUCAAAUCUGACCUGUACACUGUUCAGGUGCUUGUUUUUAAUAGCAUUUGUCACCUUCUUUCACUGCUUUGCCAUUUUACCUGUGAUACUGACUUUCUUGCCACCCUCUAAGAAAAAAAGGAAAGAGAAGAAAAAUCCUGAAAACCGUGAGGAAGCUGAAUGCGUAGAAAUGGCAGAUAUGGGUAGUACCCGAGUAGUUGACCAAAUUACAACAGUGUGAUCACGUCUGC